AGAAGAAAAAGUCCUCCAGCGGCCGAACGGCAGAGAGAACGCGGAGUUCAGACGUGCACCUCCCUCUCUCCUCCGCCUGGGUCGGUGUGUGUGUGCAGAGAGGAAAGACAGAAGGCAACAAGGGGAAGAAGGAACACGCCGGGGCGCGGACGACGGGCCGUGGGUGCCUGCCCACAGUGCGCAACAGAGAAAGCCACCCAGUGCGCUUUUCGCGCCAGUGAGGUAUCGUGAUAUAAGGCGACGAGGAGCGCGGGGAGGAGCCUCGGAGAAAUGUCUGCAGCGGCAGAUCCGGGCUAAGGACCAGAGGAAUCGUCUCUCCGUGUGCAACAAACUAUGCUACGCCAUUGGCGGGGCUCCCUACCAGAUCACAGGCACUGCUCUGGGCUUCUUCCUCCAGAUCUACCUGCUGGACGUGGCUCAGCUGGAUCCCUUCCAUGCCUCCAUCAUCCUGUUUGUGGGCCGGGCGUGGGACGCUGUCACAGACCCAUCGGUGGGUUUCCUGGUGAGCCGGAGUAGAUGGACCAGAAUCGGGCGCAUGAUGCCCUGGAUUGUUUUCUCUACUCCCUUCGCGGUGCUCACUUACUUCCUGAUCUGGUACGUGCCUCCGUUUGAGCAAGGGAAGGUCGUCUGGUACCUGAUCUUUUACUGCCUCUUCCAGUCCAUGCAGACGUGCUUCCACGUGCCAUAUUCAGCCCUCACCAUGUUCAUCAGCAGCAACCAGAAGGAGAGGGAUUCGGCCACUGCCUAUCGUAUGAUGGUGGAGGUGCUGGGAACGGUGCUGGGCACCGCAAUCCCGGGACAGAUAGUGGGUGGCGCCUCCAGCUGUCCCACUGAGCCCAACGUCCUUGCGAGCAUAAACUCGUCCAUGAACUCGUCCAUAAACUCGUCCAAUGUCUCACUGGAGGAGACGAAACAAUCCUACCUGCUGGCUUCAGGGGUCAUCUCUGUCAUAUAUGUCAUCUGUGCUGUAAUCUUGUUUUUGGGUGUGAAGGAGAAAAAAGAGAGCGGACGUAAGAGAUCCAACCUGCUGACCUUCCGCCAGGGCAUGUGGCUGGUGAUGAGCCACGGGCCGUACGUCAAACUGGUCAUCGGCUUCCUCUUCACCUCGCUGGCCUUCAUGCUCCUGGAGGGAAAUUUUGCCCUUUUCAUCACCUACGCUCUUGGGCACCGGAAAGACUUCCAUAACAUUCUCCUGGUCAUCAUGCUAUCAGCGACUCUAAGCAUCCCAGGAUGGCAGUGGUUUUUGACCCGUUUUGGGAAGAAGAAUGCUGUUUACUUUGGCAUCUCGUGGGCAGUGCCUUUCAUGAUCCUAAUCGUCUGCAUACAGAGCAACCUGGUCAUUUCUUACUUGGUCUCAGUGGCUGCAGGUGUGAGUGUGGCGGCUGCUUUCCUCCUACCUUGGUCAAUGCUUCCUGAUGUAGUGGAUGACUUCAAGGUCAAGAACCCCGACGUCCAUGGUCAUGAAGCCCUCUUCUACUCCUACUAUGUGUUCUUCAUCAAGUUUGCCUCUGGGAUAUCCCUGGGCAUCUCCACCCUCAGCUUGAAAUUCGCCGGCUACGUGACCGGCAGCUGCUCACAACCAGAGGCGGUCAGUUUGACCCUGAAGGUGCUGGUCUCUCCCGUGCCUGUGUGUCUUAUUGCCGUGGGACUGCUCAUAUUAAAGACCUACCCUAUUGACGAGGAGAAGAGGCAAGGCAACCAAAAACUGCUGCAGAAAAUCCUGGACUCCAAAGCAGACUCCGAGUCGGAAAGUUCCGCACUUGGGAGCAACGCGUAGCAGCAGAGGAUGGGUCAACCACCCAUGUUUACAUGUUUACACUGGCCGUCCAGGGACAUGACCACCAGCUACCUGGACAAACAGAAGCGGCCGCAGACGCCACCGCUGCCCAAACAUCACCAAACCGCAUCUGCUGGCUCCCUCCGGUGGAUCACACAGGUUUAUGUUGCCCUCUAGCGGCCAACCAGUGUCAUCUUACCAGCUGUGUCCCAAUUACACUGGUUUUUACUAAAGGUAAAAAAAAAACAACAACUAAAAAACAUGACACGAUAAACAAAUAUCCACAGUGUACUGUUUCAGUUAGUGUAGAGCCAAAGUGUCAGAUUAAUUUAUGUUCUUGUUGCUUUCACCGUAACAUACUUUAAGGUUUUCUUUCCUUGUUUAACUGAAACACAUAUUGUCCAUAUUUUAGGUCUUUACCACUGGUCUCACAGAAAAUGAUCACCCCGUCACAUUUCUGUCUCCAUUUACAUGAAUAGCUAAGGCUCUUGGGACCUGUAGUCAUUUUGAUCCUCAACCAAGAGAAAUCUAAGUGUAUUUCCAAAGAUGUAUCACUCCAUCGGUCACCGAGAUGGUCCUGUAGCUAUCUACAAUGUCAGUAGCCUCGACCAGUUGGGGUUUUUUGCAUUGCAUUGUGGGACAGUAGCCCUCCCCAAACUCCAUUUCUGUCACACCUACUGUGUGACUCGGCUCCAUCCUUAAAACCAGGCAAAAAGGUUGGAAUUGGGACACGUUUGUGAUUUGUGAUAUUGUUUUGUAAAGUAUUUAUUUGCUGGUUUACAAGAGCGGACCUUCACUCGUGCAGACUUGAUUGUGAUGUGACGUUUGGUUUUUGCCAUGUCAGCGAUCAGCUCUGAAGGAAACGUUUAGCAUCCACCUUUAUUCAUAAAGGGCUGUCGAGCACUAUUCCACUAAUUGGAAACUUUUGGAGCUGUGUUGCAAUUGCCACAUUUCUUUGGCCAUUAUUGUUUCCUAUAGAUCAUUUCGUCAAGACAGAAAAUGUACUUGUAAGUGAAACUUGUGAGGGGCAAAAAAAGGCGUCUAGAGACGUAAUGUAGUGUGUAAAGAUUAUCUGAAUCACUGCCUUACACACACACACACACCACGCAUAAUUGCUUGCAGUGACCUUUUCAGUUGAAACAUGUUUUUUUUGUUUGUUUGUCUCUGUGCUACUUGAAAAUGGUUUCACAUCACACUUUUUUUGUGUGCUUUAUCAGUGUAACUGAUCUCCGUCAGGUUUGGUAGAGAUUUCUGAAUGUGCUUUUACAGCCAAGUCAUCUCCAGUUUUUGAAGUAUUUUCAUCGAAGCUUAUUCUGACUUCCCAAGGGGAAGAUGGAUGCUUUAUUUAUCUAUUUAUUGAAAAAUAUAUCUAAGGGAUUAUAAUUUUAGUUAUGAAAGCACAUGUGUAUGAUCAUUUAUUAAUGUGAAUGGUUGUUGAUGGAUAUGUGAUUUUCAAGUCAAGUGGAAAACAUGUCAGAACACCAAAAAGGUGUUUUGUUUUUUUGCUUUUCUGAGAAAAGCUAUCACAAGUUGCCAUAAAGUGAUUAAACUAGCUGCCUUUACAGCAAUAUUUACUCUGUAGCGCAAACCCAGAUUUCAUACACUAAAUAAUCCAGGAGACGUUUGUGAUCACUUUCAUCUGCUUAAUUUACCCUCAAAUGAUCCUCUGCCCUCUCCUGAUAAGUUAUUAGAUCUUGCAUAUUUCUAAACCUAAAGGUUCUAUUCCUGCACAGUGUCCUUUUUUUAGGCCUUUGAAAUUGCACUAAACGAACAGAAGGAAACAUCACAUCUCGCCUUGCUGUUCAUGUCCUGCUGUGUAAAAAUGUGAACAUACUUAUUUCUAAAGUCUGACCACGAUGAGCAAUAUGUGGUGUAAAAUCAGGGGAGGAAACCAAAGUGAUGUGCUGUAAAUAUGUAAUUUUCAGUGAGUGAAUAAAGUUUUGUCAAAAAUAAAA